GGUUCUGCUCUGCUUUUUCUGGCACUAUCUGUGAAUUUUCAAAUUCUACCAUCAACGCGGGCAUUCCCAAUAGAUUGCCAAGAGAACACUGCCGUCUGUUUAGAAGAAAUAAUGAAGGAAGUCACCCAAGUUCGAUUUGAGGUUAAAAUUCUCACGGAGAACAAAACAUCGGCGAGACGUAAGCACGAUUCCUCUUCGUUCAUGCGUAUUACUACCUUUAGUAACACGUAUUCAUUUCAAUUUUUAAUCGUUAUUUUUCAAGAGAAUAUCGGCUGUUAUUCCCUUGUAUUUUAUCAACAGCUAAAAACUGUGUUGAGCUCUACCAUUCCGGUCAAAGGAUCAGCGGUGUUUACACAAUCGACCCAGAUGGCUCAGGUGCCUUUAAUGUCUAUUGUGACCAAACUACUUCCGGUGGGGGAUGGACAGUCUUCCAGAAGAGAAUGAAUGGCUCCGUUGAUUUUAAUCGCACCUGGAAUGACUACAAACAUGGCUUCGGUAACUUGGUCGGUGAAUUUUGGCUCGGACUGGACAAGAUAAACCGUCUAACACAAAACAAGACAAAGAACAUGCUUCGAGUAGAUCUGGGGGUAACUACCUGCCAAACUGUUCACGCUGAGUAUGAAUGGUUUGGGAUUGGGAACGGGACGGCUCACUACCGGCUAUACAUUGGCAAUAUGACAAGUAAGUAAACCAUCUUUUUAAACAUUCAUCGUUCGAUUUUUAUGUGUUACUUCCCUAUCAACGUCUACUGCCCCAUUCACGCCAAAGCUUAAAAGCUGUUUUGCUGAAAACGAUUUAAAGUUUGUUUCUUCAGAAAGGCUGCUUAAACUGAUGUUCGUCCACUUCAAAUUUAGCAAAUUGAAAAUGCAAAUCAAUGACAACUUGAAUCCUAAGGAAAACUGAUUUUAAAUUCAAUCCCUUUUCCCAACUCCUCGUAAUCUACAAACAAUGGUUUGUUCUAGCCUAUACCCGCCUGACUGUGUUUUGCUAUUAAUUCUGCCCGUAGUUAGCUCAGUCCACGCUCUUCCGUGGACAGUUUGCUCUCGAAGUUGCUUGAGAUAGAAAAUUCAUUGAACUCGACUAUAGCAAAAUCAUAGAAUUUUAGCAUUUAUAAUUUUGCCCGGUAUUUUUGUAUUUCGAUAAUAGUAGCUAUCGAGUUUGAGAUGUCAAAAGUGUUAUCUCAAGUUGAUCCUAAUAUUAUGGAAUUUUCUUUUUUUUUUAAGCAGAUUCAACUGUUUCCUCUGAUUCCCUCAAUCCUCACAAAGAUCUCAUUUUUGGUACCUGGGAUAGAGAUGCUGCUAAUUGUAUUCCAAAAAGAGGCGGAGGCUGGUGGUAUGGCAGCAGUAGUGAUUGUGCUGUUUCGUCGAAUCUCAACGGAAUUUAUCCGCAUUGUCGAAAGAAGACCUGGGCCAAUAUCCAUUGGGAUAAAUUAGAUCAAAACAAUCCCAAAGGCAGCGCCCCCACAUCAACUGAAAUGAAAAUUAGACCAGUGGAUUUUUUUUAA